AUGGCCCACUCACGACAUCACUCCCAAAUGAGCCGACCGACUCCUCAAUUGAAGACUGAGCAGUUCGACAUGGACUCUUUCUUCGACUUCAACCAGGGCGGCAACCAGCCCUCGCCCGUCACAGCCUCCUCAUCGCGCACCGACGCCCUGUCGCCAUUCGAGAAGGAGGAACAGCAGAAGUUCAAUGGCCCGAGCCACGACUAUGGCCAGUUCAAGCAGCAAGUCGGUCUGCCCGUAGGCAGCAUGGCGAAUAUGCCCGUGAAUGGCAUGUACGACGGCUUCAACUCGGGCGUCGAUGACAUGCGCUUCAACUCUGGAUUUGGCUGGAACACCGGACUGGACAUGGACGCCGAUAUGGGCAUGGACUACGGCAACUCACACACUGCUAUGCCUGCCAUGUUCUUCCCGCCCAACGACAGCCCGGCAGACAACUACGUCAACCCAAACAGCGUCGGCGGCCACGAGGAGCCACCAAGCAACGUAGGCCGCCUCUGGCCUGGCAUGCACUCACAACAGGCUCAGCAAGCUGCCAUGCAGAAGGCUGCCCAGGCGCAAGCCGUACAGCAACGCCAAUUGAAACUGCAAGCCCAGCAGGCCCAGUACCGCCAAGUCGCCAGUCAAAGUCGAUCAAGCCAAGGCUCGUCUCAACAGACACAUGGCAACGGCAAGCGUGCAUCGCAUGCUUCUGAGCCACACGUCGAAGAGUCUAUCUCCCGUCUGCUUAACCAGAUGCGCCAGAACAGCCACUCUGUGCCGGAUGGCGAUGACGCUGACUCGCCGGGCAACAUGCUGCCUCACAUCGCACGCAUGAAGAAGGAUGAAGAGGAGAUGGAUGAGGAUGAGCGCCUUCUCGCAUCAGACGAAGGCAAGAAGCUCUCCAGCAAGGAGCGCAGACAGCUGCGGAACAAAGUCUCUGCUCGCGCCUUCCGUUCAAGGAGAAAGGAAUACAUUGGCCAGCUCGAAGGCGAGGUAGCCAUGAAGGCCCAGGAGAGCAAUGUUCUUCGACAGGAGAACCAGGCACUUCAGGCAGAGAACGAGCGUUACCGUGGCUUGAUCGAGACUCUCCUUCGCCACCCAGCGUUCACGCCAUUCAUCAACGACAUCAGCCAGGACCCUUCGGUGCUACUACCCAAACAGCACCAGCAGCAACGUCAGCAGCUACAGCCAUCCGUUGCUCCCACUCCUCAACCUCAACCAGCGCAACCCCACCAGCAACAGCAACAAUCGCAACCGGACGUGAAGCCUGAGUACCUCAACUUCGAUGCAUCACUGCUUCAGAUUCCACAGUCACAACCAGAGCAGCAGAAGCAGCAGCAGCAGCAGGUUGGCCUCGCCAUGAUACCGGAGAACGAUUUCAGCAAACUCAAUAUCAACGGCUUCAAUGCGAUGAACUUUCAGGCUCGGUUCAACAGCGUCAAUGCCUACGCGGUGACAGAGCUAACAAGUGGGCCUGAUCCUGUCGAGCUACUCAUCGAAUCGCCAAUCCGCCUGCCAUGCUCCGCCUCUGCUACCUCUUCUACUGCCUCGCCUGCCACCUGCUCUGGCGCCUCGAACGACUCUUCUCUGAAUGUACUACUGGCCAAGCUCGAUUCCGCCGCGAAACGAGUUUCAGCCGACUCACUAUACUGCUAG